UCGGAGGAGGCUCCACUGCUGCCCCGACAGGUCGUCCGGCUCUGGGCACCUCGACAUACUCGACCCAGGCCUCGUUCUUCACGCACGCGCCGACCUUCGACAUGUCCAAGUACGCCAAUCCCCCGCAGCCUCCGCCGCUCUUCACGGGCACCAAGGAGAGCAUCGUGGCCGAUUCCAAGGCUCUGUGCGAGAAGACCCGUGCCAUCCUCGACUCACUCGUCGCCAACAUCAAGCCGGAUGAGGAUCCCGCGGCGGCCACCUUUGACUCGGUUCUCCGGCCGCAGACCGACGACGAGAACGAGAGCUCCCUCAGCGCCCGCAUCCUGGCCUUCUAUCAAUAUGUCUCCGCGGACAGCGCUCUCCGCGAUGCAAGCACCCAGGCUGAGAAGAUCAUGGACGAGUUCUCCAUCGAGAUCAGCAUGCGCGAGGACGUGUUCCGUCUCGUCGAUGCCGUGUACCAGCGAUCGGGGCUCGCGAGCAGCCUGGAGCAGGACAAGGAUCGGCUGAUUGACGACAACCUGGCCAAGAAAGCGGGCCUCGCCGAUGCCGAAAGCGCACGCUUGCUCGAGAAGGAGAGGAAGAACUACAUCCGGAACGGCCUGGGUCUGCCGGAGGGCGAGAAGAGGGAGCGGUUCAAGGCGAUCAAGAAACGGUUGAGCGAGAUCCAGAUUGAGUUCCAGAAGAACCUCAACGAGGAGAACAACGGAAUCUGGUUCACCGAGGACGAGCUCGACGGCGUCCCGCAGGACGUUCUGGAUACCCUGGAGAAGGGAACCGGCGAGAACGAGGGCAAGCUCCGGCUCACCUUCAAGUACCCGGACCUGUUCCCCACGCUCAAGUUCGCCAAACGCCCCGAGACCCGUCGGAGGGUGUUCAUCGGGAGCGAGAACAAGUGCAACCAGAACGUCCCUCUCUUCAAGGAGGCGAUCCUCCUCCGCGACGAGGCUGCCCGCCUCCUCGGCUACCCAAAUCAUGCCGCGUUCCGGAUUGAGGACAAGAUGGCCAAGACGCCCAAGACCGUGCUGGACUUCCUGGGAGAUCUGAAGACCCGCUUGGCCGCCGGAGGUGCCAAGGAAAUGGACCAUCUCCUAUCGCUCAAGAAGAAGGACCAUGAGGCCCGCAAUCUCCCCUUCGAUGGGAACUACUACCUUUGGGACCACAGGUUCUACGACCGGAUGAUGGUGGAGCAGGAGUACAGUGUUGAUGAGAAUGCCAUCGCCGAGUACUUCCCGCUCCAGUCGACUGUCGCCGGCAUGCUCCGCAUCUUCGAGGAGCUCUUCGGCCUCGUCUUCGUCGAGCUGUCACCGGAGGACCGCAAGCGCAUCUCGCCCACCGGGAAAGCCGAGGACAUUGCGUGGCAUGAGGAUGUCAUCAUCUUCAGCGUGUGGGAUGAUGAGGGCGAAGGGGGCGGGUUCGUCGGCUACCUCUACCUCGAUCUUCAUCCCCGCCCCGGCAAAUACGGCCACGCAGCCAACUUCAGUCUCCAACCUGGCUUCCUGAGGGCCAACGGGACCAGACGCUACCCGGCCACCGCGCUCGUAUGCAACUUCAGCAAGCCCACUCCCAAGAAGCCGUCCCUCCUCAAGCACGACGAGGUUGUCACGCUCUUCCACGAGCUCGGCCACGGCAUCCAUGACCUUGCCGCCCGCACGCAGUAUGCCCGGUAUCACGGCACCUCUACCGUCCGUGACUUCGUCGAGGCCCCGAGCCAGAUGCUGGAGAACUGGUGCUGGACGCCGAGCCAGCUCAAGAACUUGAGCAGCCACUACGAGACGGGCCAACCCAUCCCGGAUGAUCUCAUCGAGAAGCUGAUCGCCACCAAGCACGUCAACGAUGCCCUCUUCAACCUGCGCCAGCUGCACUUCGGCCUGUUUGACAUGGCCGUCCACACGCCCAAGACCCAUGAGGAGCUCGAGCAGCUGGACGUCAGCAAGCUGUACAACGACCUGCGCGUGCAGAUCUCGCAGAUCAAGGGGCCCGAGGCGCAGGGCGAGCCCAGCACCUGGGGCCACGGCGAAGCAACGUUUGGCCAUCUCAUCGGCGGCUACGAUGCCGGAUACUACGGCUACCUCUCGUCGCAGGUCUACUCGACCGACAUGUUCUACACCGUCUUCAAGAGCAACCCCAUGGACCCCGUGCAGGGCCGCCGCUACCGGCACACGGUGCUGGAGAAGGGCGGGUCGCAGGACGAGAUGCUCACGCUCGAGCAGUUCCUCGGCCGCAAGCCGAACUCCGAGGCCUUCUACAAGGAGCUGGGCUUGUCGGAUUGACGUGGUCUUUCUGACAUGGGGUUUUCCUGCGGCGGGGCCUGAUUGCUGGUUGAUGCAUGGAGUAUCCUAGGGUCGUGCUGUCGCAAUCGAUUUAUUUAGCCUCUCGCUGCACGUACUCCGGUAGUCAUGUCGGCCACGGCUCUGUGGCUGUCCCUAUGGAGGUGUGGGUGCGUUGGACUGCGUAAGGCGGGCCCUAAACAGGAAGCGGGUUGAGGCAACUGGCCGCGAAGAGUAAACAAUGAGAAACCAAAACCCUUGGAUGUGCCUGAACUUGAACUCAAACCUGGGGUGCGUUGGGUAGCUGGCUGAUAUGGGUCAAGCUACCCACGAGGGCUCAAGGAUGCUUCAACCACCC